AUGGGGCCCACAAGCGAGGAGAUCGAGCGUGUCAAAGAACAGUCUUAUCGAAAACAAGAGUUGGAGGUCUUGCUCUCCGUCCUUGGUCUGGACACGCAGGAAGAGAACCUGGACUCGCUCUUUGAGGUGUUGGACACCGACAAGGCCUGGAUUCAGUUGACCUUGGCAUUGACGUUCUACUUGAAUGGAAUCUUGAUGAAUCCUGAUGACGGUUUCAUCAGCUUCGAAGAAUUCGUGGAUUUCGUCUUCAGUACAGGGGACAAAGACUUCCUCAGUGAUGCCGAUUUGGAGAAAGUACGACAGCUCUCUACCAGGGGUUUCAAGGAGGAAAAGCGGGAGAAAGAGGGGCAAAGCAGGGAGAACUCUCCUCAGUUGUCACAGACCUCUCCUGAUUCGAAGAGCGAGGAGUUGGAGAUGCUGAAAAACCGCGUGGAGGAACUGCAACUGCAGCUGCAGCGGCGUGAUGAGGUGGUCCGCGACCUCAUGGCUCAGCUCAAGAAAGCUCAGAAAGACUUGGAGAGUGCCCAAAGUGGCCAAGACAGCAAGGACGCGCAAAUAUCUGUAGAGCGCGAGGAGUUUCAAGACGAGAUUGUGCAGCUCAAAAAGCAGCUGCAUGAGAAGCACUUCUGCUUGCAGCGAUUAGAGAAUCAGCAGGAGAAGACAGUUGAAGGCUAUGCAACGUUUGUGAAGGCUUUGCUGAAGUCCUCAGCGUCCCAGCAGUUGGAGAACCACUGCGACUUGAACACCGUCGAGAUGCUGGGCAAGGGUUCCUAUGGCUUCGUGAUGACAUGUCAGGAUAAAGAGCAUCAAGAGCAGAUCGUGGUGAAGUUGCAGGGGUCCAGAUGGGCCUCGGUGGCUGCCCAGGAGUGGGCGCAUGGUACCGCCUGUAAACAUGAGAACAUCGUUUCUCAUUUGGAGGUUCUGAUGCAUCAUGAUAGCGAAGCUUAUUUGGAGGGCAAGAUCAUCCAGGCCUUCGAUGAUGGCACCUUCAGUGGAAGGAGGCCCAAAAUUUUCCCUGACAGAUACAUCUGCAUGCUGAUGGAGCACAUGGACCGUGGCACGGUGCAACAUCUUGCAGACAAAGGGCUGAUCAACCUCGAAGGCUUAGCAGCCGUGGUCAGACAAGUUGGAUCUGCUCUCGCUUUCAUGCACAAGAGUAAACGAACUCACAACGAUGUGAAGCCGGAAAACAUUCUGCUGAAGCAGGUGCCUGGAAGUUCUUCCCUCAUUGUGAAGUUAGCUGACCUUGGCCUGGCUCAAUGCUCUGUGGAGCGAGAACGAGAUAUGGAGCUGACGGCGUAUACCUUCUGGUGCAUCGGGCUUGGAGAGACGUUUGAACAUGUUCCAGCCUGGCCAGAUCGGCAGAGUGCUGCCGAGCGUUUUAGGCAGCAUGCACUACCUCAGGACCCUCGAAGAGAUUUGCGCAGGCUGGCUCUGGGCGCAAUACAAGACCUUUGGGCUCUCUCCACCAGUAUGGCGUCAGUGGCAGCCACGGAGGAGUUUCAGAAGGCGGAACUGGUGGUGGAAGUGGAAAAACACGAACAGAUUGCAGCCAAUGCCAAGCGGGAGCUGAGCAAUCGAAUGGAAAGAACUGCCUUGCUCUGGAAAGCGGUUCACAUGGUUAGCGCGGUCCGAAAAUGGAGCGAAGAAGUGGACUACCAAGGACUUGCAAUGCGCUAUCAAGCAGAGGAAUUUGUAUUUUUUGUUUGUUUUGGCAGUUUGAUUUCUCAUCUCAUCCAUUUUGUGCUUUGCAAGCAUGCUAGUGGUCUCAGCUUGCAGGAUGGCACUAAAAUGGAGCUGGUUUGCAAAGACGAUCUCAGCCCCGGCAGUGAAGCUCAGGGAGAACUUACCCUGUGGUGGAUUCAAUUUCAUUGUCAGCGAAGCUGA